CCUCCCGGCAUUCGAAUUCUUGUCCUGCCGUGAAUUCACGACCUGUGCACUGAAUAUGGUAUUCAGUGCACGCCGCGCAGCCACAUGGCAUCCCGUCCAGCAUCUAUAUGCGGAGUGCGGUGCGCUCCGCAUAUAGAUGAUGGACGAGGAGGCUUUAUCACAAGCAGCCGGUGAGCAAUUGCAUUUCAGAAACGACGAGUGUCGAAUGCGAGAUUGGAGUGUCGGUCAGCGGCGGCGAUCGAGUAGGAAAUGGAGAAAUCGAGCGUGACGAGGGUCGAGAUUGUGCGGUGGCCGCGGUCGGGCGAUUUGAGAAGCCAGGGGUAGAGUUUUCCAUUUUUGCGAUUUGAGUUUGCAUCGAUCGAUCCUGAGAAAUUGGAUUGAAGCGGAAUUGGAUUCUUGAAUUUGGCGUUUCUGUGAGUCGUUGCCGAGUAUCAAUUUCUGUGCGUUCGCGCGUCACAUCCUGCAAUCAUGUGUCAAAGUUACACGACGCAGCGGGUGCAUAGGCCCAAUUUGAAGGCGGUCAUGACCCAGGUCCUCGCCAAGCCUGCCCCAGUUGCUGCUGCCGCCGAGACUUCCCCUGCGCCUCCUGCUAAUGCUGCACAAACCCAUCGACCGAGCGUGCCCCCAACUCCUCCUACUCCACAGAAGCCCCGAACGCCGGGAACUUCCGCGGAAACCGAAUGCUCUGUCAUACCAGCAUGGAAGCUGUUCGCUGCGGACUGGUAAUCAGUUAACAGCACGAGGCACUGGACAGACUUGGAAAGCAUGACACGUGACUGUGAACAGGCUACACCGCCUGGCUGGCUUAUCUCGCCGAGAUUUGGAAUUCGGUUGAGGAGCUGAUGGUGGAAGGCCAGUAAUAUCCUUUGUACAGUUGAAGAAUGGGCGUGGACUUGCGAGGAGAAGUUGGUAUCAUCUUCGGAGAUUCAGAAUCGAGGAUGCAUAUCGAUGCAGAAUAACUGCAGACCACAGGCGACUGCGACAAUGCGCAAGGAGUGGAAGUCACUAAGUUUGAGUAUCAUUCGACUAGAGCUGACAACGAGAUCAGAUCCGAACCUCCAGCUAGUUUUGUAGAUAAUGACUUUGAACUCCUAGAUUCUGUUCUAAAUUCAUGAAGUUCAGCACACUCCAGCUCCAUCUGAGACUUGCUCUCCAUGAACGUAGAACAUAACCUGUAUCAGUAUCGUAUGUUGCGUAUCAUAUUUGAAGGUGUAGGUUAGACUUGGUGAUUACGUCAGAUUCUCAUGUUCGGCGCUCAGUUGAGUAUCGAGAAAGAAAUGAGAUUUUAUGAAGAAAACGCGUUCUACUUUUCUCCGAACUAGAAAGGAAACAUGUUGAGAAGAUGAAUGGUAGUCAAUGAUGGUGUGGAACAUUGUUUUCUCACGAGACCUCGAAAGUAUAGAGAAGUAGCUCAAUUCGAUUGCACUUUGAUGGGAGCUGCCGAGCGAUACAGUGAGAUCCC